AUAAGAGAAGGUGAAUCUACUUUGGUUUUAUAGUAGAGCUAGAAUCUUCGGGUCGCGGUCAUAUCUUCUGAAAUUAAGGCAACAUGAAAUUUUACUUGGUACUCGGUCUUCUGUGCAUCGGCGUGAAAGGCGAGAACAAGAUCAACUUGGAGGACAUAGAGAGGGAUAAUUUAAGAGUGGAGGGUAUAUCGAAGUCCGGAAUUGCACGGGUUGAAGAGGCAAAGUAUCCUACGAAGCCGGAAAUUGGCCAGCAACAGUAUCAAAUACCGUAUCGUGGGCCAACCAGUGCACCAGUCGCAUACGUAACACCAUCCUCGGCGCAAAAUCUUCCUUCGAACGCGUACGUUGCAAAGGACCAAGUAUAUCAGCAGCAAAAUAAUAUUUUACCCGAAUUACCACAGCGAUAUUACAACGAAUACCAACAACAAUCGUCAUCACCUUCGAAAGGAAUCGUGCCGAACAUUUAUGAGUCGCAACAAUUGGCCUAUCAACAGGAAGUGAACAUUGGAAAUCAAUUGCAGGCCAUUCGGCAGAAAACGGCCACGGCAAAAUUUGAGAAAAAUGUGAACAAAGAACCAAUAUACGUCGAUAUUCCAACCAUGCAUCUUUUGACUUACUAUCCGAAUUUGGAUGUGAAUCCUGCUAAAAACAGUGGAUUCUUUCUACCCCAAUUGACCACAACGGCGGCCAAUCAUAUUUCCAUUCCACUCUACGCAACAACGAUUGGUCAAAAGCCAGCGAUCACUCCUGUAAAGCAAACUUAUCAAAUUCAGUACGCCCCGAAAUACAACGCCGUGCCUGGCGCUUCUUCAACCAAGGUGACGAAGAACGCGGUUUACUCGGCACCCGUUACUUCAAAGAAAUUCACCGGCACUCAGGUAUUGAACGUGCCAGCUUACGCCCCUCCGCUAGAUCAAUCGUACGCCCAAGGAAGACAGCUUUUGUACACACAGGCGUACAUUGCUCCGUCUCAGCCGCAGUACGUUUCUCAGCUAGUGUACGCUCAACCGGCCACGAUUUACAUGCAAGCCACACCGGUUUACACCGACGUUUACGCACGUCCACCUAGCCACGAUCGGGAUAAUUCUUUGCAAGGGAAAUACGCAGCGCCGAUCGAGCAUACGCAGCUUGUCGAUACGCAGCUAUCGAAUCAAGUUCUCGGGGAGCAAAGCAGCCAAGGCGUGACUCAGAAUUACGUCAAGGAUUCAGAAGGACCAAACACCGACUUGAUGCCACCUCAGGUGCCUCCGCAAGAUUUCAAAUCUGGCGCCACAUCUCUGUCUCCUGUCCCUGCGCAAGACGAAGAAUCUAUUCCUGAACAGAAUCAAAUAGGUUCGUCUGAGCCCAGAUCUUUGUUGGAUUCGUACAUUCCGAGCAAAUUGAUAGCAGCUCACGACUCUUCCAGAUAUCAAGAAAGGCCCAUACAAUUGGAAAGAGGGUUCCUUCCAUCGAAAGAAAAUUUUCUCUACAAGAAGCGUAAAAUCGACUAAAAGAAAUCAUCCAUGGGAAUUUUUUUCUUUAUCUGAUAAUCGACGAUCACGAUGGUCAGUAGAAUGAGUUAUACCGUUAGCUUCGACGCAGACGAGCAACACGAUGUUCUAAAAAUUUCUCAACAUUAAUUUCGACGUUUAUCUUUCUACUUUCAAGAUCGUGAUGCACGAUUAGAAAUGUAAAUCUGUCUAAUUGCACGACUAAACUUAAGUGACAAUAGAUGACAUACAUCGUAUCUUUCUACGUGCCUCUACGAGCCUCUUUAUGGAGCAUCGAUAUUUAAAACAAUUCAUGAGCGAGUGAAGUCAUGCCAUUAAUUAUAUUAUGUGUACAAAGCGUGGUAGCAUCUAGUCUUUUAGUCGAAGAUCGCUAGAUCAACGUUAUUACUUGUGUUUAACUUUGUUAUUCUUUUCACUUUUCUAUAUACCCAUGGGUGUACGUUUUAUAUACGAUUUUUUUAAUAAUAAAUUCUUAUUAAACCAA